AGUAAGCCCAUACUUUCUUGUUGUUGCUGGUCCAUCUGCUUCGGCUCGUCGUCUGCGAUUGUGUUUUUUGAAGCUUCCAAGCUUUUGCUCAACUGAGUUUCGGCAGCCUUCUUCCGUCGGCGUGUUGCGCAGACCGUCGGAGGAGACCCAAUUUCGUUGCAAAGCAAUAGAUGUCACUGAAUGGAAUAGCGUCUCCGAACCUUGUAACGGAUUGCAGAGCCAUGUCCGUCAGCAGCUACGGAUUGCAAGCCUGUGGCCGUGGUUUUGUUCCCCCGAAUGGACUGAGUGGGCGGUGGGGUGGCUCCCAUCGAGGCGUAGAGGCUAGUCGCCGCUGUGUGCAGAAUGGGUACUUCGUAUCGCAGCUGCUUCCUCUCGUGCAGGUGCGUGUGGAUUGUCAUUCCAACCGAGCGCUAUCUCAAACUGUGGGGAGGGUCAGCAGUUACGGCGCUACAUUCGGAGAGCGUUGUCACAAAGCGCAGAGUUCAUUAAGAAAUGCCGCGUAUUCCAGUGGAUUACUCUCCGUGGAUGAUUCCGAGGAGGACGUUUCAGACGACGAAGGCGAUGCGUGGUUAGUGCACGAGGUCACCACCCCCUUCAACCAAAUUACGGUCCUGGAGGUCGACGAAGCGGCGGACCAUGAAUUGGCGGGCGCUUAUGUUUUGAAGCUCGACAAUGCCGACCUCGCGCACAGCGUUUUCUGGAGCAAUGGCAAAGUGUGGACAAUUGGCUGUCAUGAUGUGUUCGCUUCGUUGCCGCCACUGCUACCUGAAGGUCGUAUUGGCAUUCUAGGUCUUGGCGCGGGGACAGUGGCACGCCUUCUACUCCACAUAUGGCCGUCUCUGCACUUGGAGGGCUGGGAGCUCGACCCCGAGGUAAUCCGCGUUGCUCGCGAUUAUUUUGGACUCGCAGACCUAGAAUCACCUGAAGAUUCACCGGUACAAGCAAAGGAAACCAGCCCCGGAUCGUCGAAGAAGAUGAAGAAGAAGGGACGGUUGGUUGUGCAUACAGGCGACGCCCUUGGCCCUCAGGCGAACGUGAAGGGAGGCUUCGCGGGCAUCAUGGUGGACAUCUUCAUCAACGGCGCGGUCUGCGAGGAGCUCGCGGAAGUGCGCACUUGGGAGAAGCUGAAGAGUAGAUUGCGGCCCAGGGGACGCAUCAUGGCGAACUGCAUUCCGAAUCGCAGCCAUCUGGAGGAAGGAGAUGGCGAUGUCUCCAAAGAGUGGGACGAGAUGAUGCACAAGAUUUUGCGAGCUAUGGAGAUUGUCUUUCCUGGAGAGGUGAGUGUCCGGGAGCUCACAGACGGCAACAAUGUGAUGUUAUUGUCUGGUGAGGUGCCCGACGGGCAGAUGUGGGCGUCCAAGGUGCCGGAUCGAUUGAAGGAGGGAGUUCACGAGUGGAGGGCUUGGGAUGAGUCCCACCCUCUUUACGGGGUGAAGCUCAACUUGCAAUAAAACGAGUUUUCCUAUUACUAAA